AUGGGACGUCUGAGACCGUUCCCGCAAAAAAAACCGCCUACUGUUCCAAGAGAAGAGCGUGCAACACGGUCCAAGAAGAUCGUUGAGCUUGUUCGCAAGGCCAUCGAGAACGACGAGCCACAUUUCUCUGUUGGUGCCAAAAAGCUGUAUUUUCCCUCUGCGAGAGUUGUUUUGCUUCGUCCCAACGCCAAGCAGACGCCAUAUCAAGCCAAGUUCCUUGUUCCCAAGUCAUUCAACAAGAUGGACAUGAGAGACUACUUGUACCACAUCUAUGGCUUGCGGGUGUUGAACGUCACCGUGGCGCUCACCCCAGCUAAAUGGGAAUUCCCGCUCGGCAGAGGAAUCAGUUCCAGACACAGAAAGCCACAGAAGAAGAAGAUGACCGUGGAUCUGAUAGAUCCGUUUGUGUGGCCAGAAGAGACAGAAUACUUCAAGACCCAGGCCGAGUACAUCGAGCAAAGAGACGCAUAUUCCAGAGACAAGGCCAACGCAGUUGGAUCCGACGUGGAAAAGCCAUCCAAAGCGUUUGGCGGAAUCAUCGACCAGCAACCACAGCCAAAGAACUUUGUUCCAAAAUUGGUGGAGAAACAGAUGAGAAACGCCAAGAACAAGGUGGUGUUCCGGGAAAAACAGGCUAAGAUCGAAAGACUUGUUACCCAGCAUAUACAGCUAUAA